AUGUCCAGAGAAGCCCCAUUGAAAGCGGAAAAGGAUUUCUCAGAAACUCUUAAUGAGCAAUUUCCACAAAUUGAUAUUUUAACCAAGAACGACUACCAGUCAGCCUUGGAUAAAUUAUUGCUAUUGGAAAAACAAACCAGACAAGCUUCUGAUUUGGAGUCAUCCAAGAGAGUUUUGGGUAAAAUAGUCGAGGUGUUAACUAGUAACAAUGAUUGGAAUUUAUUAAACGAACAACUUACUUUAUUGUCCAAGAAACAUGGGCAAUUGAAAUUAUCCAUCCAACUGAUGGUCCAGAAAAUCAUAGAAUCCAUUGAUACAAUUUCUGAUACUGCUACAAAGGUCGAAGUUAUUGAAACCAUCAGAACUGUCACAGAAAAUAAGAUUUAUGUUGAAGUAGAAAGGGCCAGAGUCACCAGAAUAUUAACUAAGAUUAAAUUAGAUCAAGGUGACCUCGAUACAGCCGCUGAAUUGUUAUGUGAAUUACAAGUUGAAACAUACGGCUCAAUGGAAUUGAAUGAGAAGAUUGAGUUCAUUUUGGAACAAAUGGAAUUGACCAUCAAAAAGGGUGAUUUUGAACAAGCCAAGAUUUUGUCCAGAAAAAUCUUGGAAAGAACUUUGAAUGAAGAUGAAUUCAAGGUUUUGAAACAAAGAUAUUUCGAAUUGAAAAUAAAGAUUAGUUUGAACGAUAGUGAUUACCUCGAAGUUGCUAAAAAUUAUUUAAAAAUUUACUCGAUAGACACUAUUCAAAAUGACAAACAGUCAUUGAACGAAAUUUUGAUUAAUAUUGUUUACUUCAUUAUUUUGGCUCCAUAUGAUAACCUUCAGCAUGAUCUCAUCAACAAGGUUUAUAUCGAUGCUAACUUGAAAAACUUGGAAACACACUAUCAAUUGAUCAAAUCAUUCAUCAAGCAAGAAUUGAUGAGAUGGCCAAAAAUCGAAGAAACUUUUGGUUCUGAAUUCAAGAAAUCAUUCGUUUUUAGUGAACCAACCAUUGGUGACAAGCGUUUGGGUGACUUGAGAAGCAGAGUUAUUGAGCACAACUUGAGAAUUAUCUCCAAAUACUAUUCAAACAUAUCAAUUCAAAGAAUCAAUCAAUUAUUAGACUUGUCUGAAUUAGAAACUGAACAAUUCAUCAGUGACUUGGUAUUCAAGGGAGUCAUUUACGCAAAAAUUAAUAGACCAAAGAAGAUUGUCAGCUUCUCCAAACCAAAGGCCUCUAAUGAUUUAUUGAAUGAAUGGUCAAGAAAUGUUGAUGAAUUAUUGAGUGAGAUUGAAACUAUUGGCCAUUUGAUUACCAAAGAAGAGAUCAUCAAUGAAAUUAAGGUCUAA